AUGUGCGGCCCUCAGCGCUGGUUUACAAAUAGAAGGCUAGCGAACUACACGUGUGAUAGAUCUGUUGCUAUCAAUACAUUAAUAGUUACACUACCCUCUUCUCAUCGUGAAGGGUUGCCCAAGAAAGCUAUCGGCCCUCCGUUCGCUGACCCCGGCCGGAAGUCACGGCUGAGAGAAGACGACUGCACGCCAUUCGCCACAAGCCACACAGUUGCCACACUUCGCCAAAUAUUACUCUACUCGGAAUACACGAAUAGGUACUAA